AUGUCGAACUUUUUUAGAGAUAGUUCAAUGGGAUUCAAGCCUCGACCAAAUAUCUUCGCCAAGCUGAGAGUUAGAGAUGCAGAUUCAGAAUCCUCCGCUAAUACUGUUGUCGAAAAUUCAUCCAAUUGCCUCGAGGUGGGUACUUCCAUAGAGAGAGAUGAUGCGUUUAAAAAACCCCACAUAACUUCUACCGAACGAGAAGUGGUUACGAACAUGGGCCCUAACCAGAGAAAUCAUAACUAUUCUAAUGAUGGGAUGGAUAUAAAUUCACGAAAGAGCUCAAUAUCAACAGACCAGUACAACAGAGCUUUAAACAACCAUGAUUCAACAAUUGAAAAUGAUACUGAUGAAGAUUUUGAAAUUACAGAAGUAAGAGAAGUGAGCGAAGGUGUGGCAAAAGAAAUGAAAGAAGGUCAUGAGGACCCUAACGAUUCUGAGACAACGCUUAAAGACAGUAAAUUGCACGAAUACACUAUGACAAAUAGCAAGCCUCUUUUUCACACAACCGUUGAUACUUCCAGUACAUCUUCAAAUGAUGUGCUAUUAGAAGCCUUCACGAACACUCAAAGGAUAUGUUCAAAUUUGAAGCAAGAGCUACAAAAGCAGCAACAGGAUAAUGCAAAGUUGAAAAUUCGGCUUCAAUCGUAUGCUUCUGAUUCUGGUAAGAUCAAUGAAAAAGUCGGAAAAUAUAAAUCCUGCUUAGAAACUCUUCAAGAAAGGAUUGCUGCCUUGACUAGUCAUAAGAAUAAUCAAGACACGAAAUUGAAGGAUCUAAGACAGAACCACCAACUAUAUCAGAGAAGGAUAAGCGGAUUUAAGACAAAUAUUGAAAACUUGAACAGGACAAUAACCGAUCUAGGAAAGCACAAGAAGGAGACGGAUGCAGAGUUAAUGAAAAAAGGCAAAGAAAUUGAAUAUCUGAAAAGGGAACUAGAUGACUGUUCAGGCCAAUUGAGCGAAGAAAAAAUUAAGAACAGUUCGCUAAUACAGGAAAUGGGAAAGAAUAGGGAACAGAUGAUUAAAGCAAUUGAGAAUUUUUUUUCAGAAGACAAAGCUCACCAUUUACUGCAAUUUAACAAAUUUGAAGAAAAGGUUCAUGAUUUGUUUGAGGAGAAAUUACAAAAGCACUUCGAUAUUGCAAAAGAUACCCUUAAUAUAGAACUGAAGGGCACCACUAUAGAGUUGAGUAGUAAUACAGAGACUCUACUAAAACAGCAAUAUGAAAGUUUUAAGGAAAAUCUUAAAGAAAAAAUGUCAUCAAGUAAGGAUGAAAUAACAAAAACACUAAAUGAGCUGGGCAUAAAGCAAGAGGAACUUGUGAUAGGAGUACACAAAGAACUUUUAACAUCAUCAGGAGAUAUCAAAACAGCUUUUAUUACCGAAAUGAACAGCACAAAACAAGACCUGCUUGAUGAUACGGCCCAGUCAGCUAAGAAUUAUUUGAGUCUGGAAAACUUGCUAAAGGCGUAUAAGGCAGAAAUAGUUCAGUCCAACGAGUACGAAGAAAGAAUAAAGCAUUUGGAGAGUGAAAGAUCAACCUUAUCUUCACAAAAAAAUCAGAUUAUUAGCUCUCUUGGUACUAAAGAGGCACAAUAUGAAGAUUUGGUCAAAAAAUUAGAGGCGAAGAACAUCGAAAUUUCACAAAUUUCUGGCAAAGAACAAAGUUUAACUGAAAAAAAUGAGGGCCUAUCCAAUGAACUGAAAAAGAUUCAAGACCAGCUAGACAAACUGGACAAUUUGAACACCACAACAAAAUCAAAUUAUGAAAAUAAAAUAUCUUCUCAAAAUGAAAUUGUGAAGGCAUUAGCUUCCGAAAACGAUACUUUGAAGCAAAGGAUUCAACAACUGGUAGAAAUCAAGGAAAAUGAACAAAAGGAUCAUUCAACAAAAUUGGAGGCUUUCCAAAAGAACAAUGAGCAGUUACAAAAGCUAAACGUCGAAGUUGUGCAGUUGAAGGCCCAUGAAUUAGAGCUUGAAGAGCAAAAUAGACACUUAAAAAACUGUUUAGAAAAGAAGGAAAUUGGUGUUGAAGAAUCACUAAGCGAUGUGAAAACCUUAAAGCAACAAGUGAUCGUUUUGAAAUCGGAAAAGCAAGAUAUAACAGCCGAAAAGUUAGAAUUGCAAGAUGGUCUCGAAAAUCUGGAAGAGGUCACUAAAAAUUUGCAGCAAAAGGUGCAAUUGCAAAAGAAGGAAUUAGAACACAAAGUUAAAGAGUUAGAAGAGAUUAAAAGCUACAAAGGAAAAGAACCUAAUAAAAAAAGUGCACAAAGUUUUACAAAACCAUCGGAUUCGCCUAAGAAAAGUGCUACAACGUCCCACUUAUUACCUAAUAGCUCUACAAGCAUUCAUUCCCCGAUGGCAAGGUAUCCUAAGGUGGAUCAUAUAAGUAAAUCAAGAGCUAGUUCAUCCAAAGAAACAUCCAAAUUUAACGAUGAGUUCGAUCUUUCUUCGUCCUCAAAUGACGAUUUGGAGUUAACCAACCCUUCUCCUAUUCAAAUUAAACCAGUGAGAGGAAAAAUUAAGAAGGGUUCAAAUGGCAUGAAACCUCCAAUUUCUUCAAGAAAAAAAUUACUGCUAGUAGAAGACGAAGAUCAAUCGUUAAAAAUAAGUAAGAAAAGAAGAAGGAAAUAA